UUCAAAGAGAAAAAAAAAAAAGAAAAGAGGUAUUGAAGAAUAUAAGAAAGAAGAAGGAGAAAGUAACAAGGAUGAGUCAACCUCCAGUUGGUGUUCCUCCUCCUCAAGGUUACCCGUCGGAUGGACAUUAUAAGCAGGAAGGUUAUGGAGGAAACCCACCAGAAGGUUAUCCUCAGGCGCAGGGAUAUCCUCAGCAAGGUUAUCCUCCUCCCUAUGCUCCUCAAUACCCACCGCAUCAGCAGCACACUCCUGGUAUGCUUGAAGGAUGUCUCGCUGCUCUGUGCUGUUGCUGUGUCUUUGAUGCUUGCUUCUGAUCACAAGUCUCUGCUUUAAGCUGCGGAAUUUGGAUUUGUUUGUUGGUUUAUGAUCUUUAGAUAUUGUAUCAUCUUAUCUUCUUCGUUUUAUGCAUUUUUCAGCUAAAUAAUAAAUUAAUUAAUUACUGCUAUCGACUUUCU